ACAGAAGAAGAAGAAGAAGAAGCGGAAGCGGUCGUUAGCAUGUCGUUGUUGCUAACUCCCUAGCAUCUCACGUUGUUGUGCUUGAACUUUGUCAAACAGAUAAAAUGAACAAACUGAACAAGCCGCAGGAGUUUGACUCGUAUGAGAUUGAGGAGCCGAGCGACGAGGAGCGAGCUGAGAGCAGUUCGGAGGACGAGCUGGACGUGCUGCUGAACGGGACGCCGCAGCAGAAGAAGAAGCUGAUCAGAGAGUAUCUGACGGGGGAGAGCGAGUCGUCUAGCGAGGAUGAGUUCGAGAAGGAGAUGGAGGCGGAGCUUAGCUCCACCAUCAAGACCAUGGAGGGAACCUGGGCGCCGCCUGCAGCAGCACAAAACUCAGGAGGAGGAGAGGGCGGCGGCGGUCCUGGACUCCCGACCCCUCAGAUGUACGACGAGGUGUAUUUUGACUCUGACUCUGACGGGGAGGACCUGCCAGGCAGCUCCACGGGACGGAAGCGUAAACAGCGGGUCGUACUGACCAAUGACGAGCUGCUGUACGACCCCGACGAGGACGACCGGGACCAGGCCUGGGUGGACGCCAGGAGGAGACAUUGCAGGCGACCGGUGGCAGGCUCCCGCUCGCAGCAGCGAUCGGGGUCUCGGGGUUUACCGAGCAGCGACGCCGUCCUCAACUGUCCCGCCUGCAUGACCACGCUCUGCCUCGACUGUCAGAGACACGAGAAGUACCGGACGCAGUACCGAGCCAUGUUCGUCAUGAACUGUGCGGUGAAGAGGGACGAGGUGCUGCGCUACCAAACCCAGCAGGAGCUGAAACAGAGGAGGAGGAAGAGGAGGAGGGGGCAGAAAACGGAGGUGGAGGAGCGUCCCGACCCGGCGCCGGCGGGGAUGGAGGCGGACGAGGUGUACCACCCGGUCCAGUGCAGCGAGUGCUCCACCGAGGUGGCCGUGUUCGACAAGGACGAAGUCUAUCACUUCUUCAACAUCCUGGCCAGCCACUGCUGAGACAGUUUAGUUUUUUAAUGAGCGGGUUUGUCUGAAUCUUCAGCUGAAGAAGAAGAAGAAGCUCAUAAACUCUCUGAGUGGAUAACAACAUGUUUGCUCAUUUCACGGGCAGCUUGUCGACUCUGAGGCGUUUUUAUUUUCUCUUUAACGCCUCAGAAGAAACUGUGUUUUGACACUGAACAUCUGCGUGUUGCAGCUCUGUUGGUCGGAUGACUGAAGACACGAGAGCCUGAAUUUUGAGGCAAAUACUGACAUUAAUAUUUGAGAAUUACAAAGGAUGGAGAGCUACGGUGGCCCUGAGAGAUCACAGCAUCUGCAACUUAAGAAAACACAUGCAAAUACACAAAACACAAGCAAACUGACAAAACAUCUUCAUCAAUUUGACAACACAAACAAAGCAUUUAGAAAAUGUGCUGCAAAGGCCACAAAACAACAGAAGUGUUUCCAGAGGACACUUACAAGUGAUGCACACGUCUGUACCAAGGUUAUAAUAGUUUUGGAUUUUUCAUUAGUUUUAGUUUUAAUUUCGUUGUGAACUUUUGUUUUCAAAUUCAGUUAGUUUUAGCUAGUUUUAGUUUAGUUUUUAUUUUUUGAAAAUCCUUAGUUUUAGUUUAGUUUUUAUUAGUUUUAGUGUUAAUUUUAGUUUUUUUGUAAUGGGCUAUGUGUUGGGUGCGAGAUUCAAAGUGGUCAUAAUAAAUUUUGCCUUUAUUUCCUUUGGUUUACCAUCUCAGCCCCAAUAAGGUUAUUAACUGUUUUGAAUUUUGUUUGUUUAGACAUCCCAGU